AUGAGCAGUCCAAGUACAACCCCACCUUGCGAGUGCGGAAUCCCUCCGAGUGCCAAGCUGAGCAGCAGGAGAUCUGCCGAUCUACCCAACGCGACCGAUCACAUCCUGGAUCGGAUUUGGUGGGGAAUACCAGUACCCUACGAGGGGAAGUAUCCCUGGAUGGCACACUUCCAGGAUAAAGGAGAAUUCUGUGGGGGUUCACUCAUCAAUGAUCGAUACGUCCUCACUGCGGCUCAAUGCGUCGAUCAAAGUCCUUCCGGCACUUUCGAUGUUACCCUGGGGGAUUUGGACUCGUCGUCGACGACCAAAGGCCAAUCCCUUCGCCUUCCGGCACGGGCCAUCAUCCACCCUCAGUACGACCCGGUUUCCAAAGUGAACGACGUCGCUCUGCUCAAGCUCAACUCUCCGGUGGACUUCCAGGCUUUCCCGCUCGUCCGUCCCAUCUGCAUAUCCGCGGAUGCCUUGCCCAUUCCGGGACAAACGGGCAGGAUCGCGGGAUGGGGUGAUACCAUCGGAGAAAAAAUCGAAAUGUCUAAAUUUCACCUUUACAACCUGAUACCAUUCUCUUAUGAAAGAGAUGAAUCUCAGCAACGAGGUUCCUACGGAAUUAUUAAAGCCUCGUUCCCCUCCUCUUGCAUGGACUCGGACUGGGGAUUCCAAGAUGCUACCAGAAAAGUGAUGAGAGAAUCGACGGCGACCAUCAUGACGGAGGUGAAAUGCAAGAACUAUCAGGGCACCCUCGUCAAUGACAACAACUUCUGCGCCAAUACAGGAGGAAGGAACUUCUGUAACGGCGACGUCGGCGGACCGUUCAUGCUCGAAACCGAGACUGGCUACUACCAACAACUCGGGAUCAUGUCCUCACCCACCAAGGAAUGUAUGGACUCCUCCAACGGCAUUGGAGGAGUCUACAUGAAGACGGCGAAUUACGUGAACGGCUUCAUCAAGCCCAACACCCAGGAUGCCGUUUGGUGCACAGUCCCUGAGAGCUGAUUUUCCUUCUUUGAAUUCAGUUCUGAGCAGCA